AUGGGGAAGGCCAAGGAUAAGGCAAAUGAUCUCAAUGAGCUCAAACAGGAGGUUAAGAUGGAUGAGCACACCAUCCCUCUGGAAGAACUGGCAGCAAGGUUGGGCUCAAACAUCGAGACUGGUCUCACAAGAGCGAAAGCUGCAGAAGUAUUAGCACGCGAUGGCCCGAACGCUUUGUCGCCUCCCAAAACCACUCCGGAAUGGAUUAAAUUUUGUAAGAACCUUUUCGGAGGUUUCGCUCUUCUUCUCUGGGUUGGCGCCUUCCUGUGCUACAUUGCUUACUCCGUCGACUACUUCACCAUGGAAUACCCAUCUAAAGACAACCUAUAUCUCGGUAUUGUACUGAUGACUGUCGUCGUGAUCACCGGUUGCUUCCAGUACUACCAGGAAAGCAAGUCAAGCAAAAUCAUGGAUUCCUUCAAGAACAUGGUCCCCACUUUUGCUUUGGUUCAUCGCGAUGGGCAGAAGCAACAAAUUCGAACGGAAGAACUGGUCGUAGGUGACAUUGUCGAAGUGAAAGGUGGCGAUCGUGUGCCAGCCGAUAUCCGAGUCAUUUCCGCCUUUGGUUUCAAGGUAGACAACUCGUCACUUACUGGUGAGUCCGAACCACAGACCCGUACACCCGAGUGCACUAAUGAGAAUCCACUGGAAACUCGUAAUGUUGCUUUCUUCUCCACCAACGCAGUCGAAGGAACAGCAAAAGGAAUUGUCAUCUACACGGGAGAUAACACAGUCAUGGGUCGCAUUGCUCAUCUUGCCUCUGGCUUGGACACAGGAAUGACUCCUAUUGCACGCGAAAUCGAGCAUUUCAUUCACCUGAUCACAGGGGUCGCUGUAUUCCUUGGAGUUUCGUUCUUUAUCAUCGCUUUCAUCUUGGGAUACCAUUGGCUUACUGCUGUGGUCUUCCUUAUUGGUAUUAUUGUCGCUAACGUACCCGAGGGACUCAUCGCUACUGUGACGGUGUGCCUUACUUUGACCGCGAAGAGAAUGGCCAGCAAGAACUGCCUGGUAAAGAAUCUGGAGGCUGUCGAAACUCUUGGUUCAACAUCCACCAUCUGUUCGGAUAAGACCGGAACGUUGACUCAAAAUAGAAUGACUGUAGCCCACAUGUGGUACGAUAAGACAAUUGAGGAAUGCGACACCACCGAAAACCAGUCUAGCUUGGCAGCUACCAAAGGUGGACCUACAUUGGAUGCUCUCGUUCGUAUCGCUUGCCUGUGUAACAGAGCUGAGUUCAAACCUGGACAGCAGGAUAUUCCAGUGCUUCGCCGCGAUUGCACCGGUGAUGCAUCUGAGAUUGCACUGCUCAAGUUUACGGAACUUACUAUUGGAAAUGUGAUCGCUGCCCGCGAGAAAGCACCGAAAGUCGCUGAGAUUCCUUUCAAUUCUACUAACAAAUACCAGGUACUCACUCUUCUUAUCUUCAGAUACGAAGAUUGCGUCUGUUCUACAAUUCUUCUCAAUGGUAAGGAGGAACCACUUGACGACAAACUUCGUGCUGAAUUUAACUCGGCCUAUCUUGAGCUCGGAGGAAUGGGAGAACGUGUUCUUGGGUUCUGCGAUUAUUUACUUCCGGCUGACAAGUUUCCAAGAGGUUUCAAAUUCGACACUGAGGAGGUCAACUUCCCCCUCAAAGGUCUACGAUUUGUCGGUCUCAUGUCUAUGAUUGAUCCCCCACGUGCAGCCGUACCCGAUGCUGUCGCCAAGUGUAGGUCGGCUGGUAUCAAGGUUGUCAUGGUCACUGGUGACCACCCAAUUACUGCCAAGGCUAUUGCCAAGUCGGUUGGUAUCAUCAGUGAAGGGACAGAGACGGUUGAGGAUAUUGCUAUCCGACGUGGAAUUCCUGUCGAAGACGUCGACCCUCGUGAAGCAAAGGCGGCUGUUGUUCAUGGUUCCGAUUUGAGAGAAAUGAGUGAAGAUCAGUUAGCUGAAGUCAUCCGUAAUCACUCGGAAAUCGUAUUUGCCCGUACUUCACCUCAGCAGAAGCUCAUGAUUGUUGAAGGUUUCCAAAAACAGGGACAAAUUGUGGCCGUCACUGGUGAUGGAGUUAACGAUUCACCUGCAUUGAAGAAGGCCGACAUUGGUGUUGCUAUGGGUAUCGCUGGAUCUGAUGUCUCCAAGCAAGCUGCGGAUAUGAUUUUGCUUGAUGAUAACUUUGCCUCAAUUGUCGUAGGAGUGGAGGAAGGUCGUCUUAUCUUUGAUAACCUGAAGAAAUCUAUUGCGUAUACACUGACGUCCAAUAUUCCGGAGAUUUCACCUUUCCUUACUUACAUUCUGUUUGGUAUUCCACUUCCCCUCGGAACGGUCACUAUCCUUUGCAUUGAUCUCGGAACUGACAUGGUGCCUGCCAUAUCCUUGGCAUAUGAAGAAGCAGAGUCCGACAUUAUGAAACGACAGCCCCGUGAUCCCAUCCGUGACAAACUUGUCAACGAGCGUCUUAUUUCCCUAGCUUACGGUCAGAUUGGUAUGAUUCAGGCAUCUGCUGGGUUCUUCACCUACUUCUGGAUUAUGGCCGACAAUGGGUUCUGGCCAAAAGAUCUCUACCAACUUCGUGCUCAGUGGGAUUCUCGCGCAUACAACAAUGUCCUUGACUCCUACGGCCAAGAAUGGACUUAUGCCAACCGCAAGAUUCUUGAGUACACCUGUCAAACAGCUUAUUUCGUCUCCAUUGUCGUCGUACAAUGGGCCGAUCUCAUCAUCUCUAAAACACGCCGCAACUCCAUCGUCCAACAGGGAAUGACUAACUGGACCUUGAACUUCGGUCUUGUUUUCGAAACCGCUCUGGCAUGGUUCAUGUGUUAUUGCCCCGGUUUGGACAAUGGUCUCCGUAUGUACGGGUUGAGGUUCUCGUGGUGGUUCUGCGCUUUACCCUUCUCCGUACUUAUUUUCAUCUACGAUGAGGCUCGUCGUUACUGCAUCAGAAGAUGGCCAGGAGGAUGGGUGGAGCGUGAGACAUACUAUUAA